UCCGGCCCGCCCGGGGCCGCCUUCCCGCGGCGGCAGAAGAUGGCGGCGGCCGCGGGCUGGGCGCUGCUGGCCCUGGCGCUGUGUGUGAGCGCGGCGGCCGCGGCCGGCGGCUCCGAGGGGAAGCGGCGGGAAGGGCCGCCCAAGAAGAAGGACAUUCGGGACUACAACGACGCGGACAUGGCCCGGCUGCUGGAGCAGUGGGAGAAAGAUGAUGACAUUGAAGAGGGAGAUCUCCCUGAACACAAGAGGCCUCCAGCACCAAUAGAUUUCUCAAAAAUAGAUCCAGGCAAGCCUGAAAGCAUCCUGAAGCUGACAAAGAAGGGGAAGACUUUGAUGAUGUUUGUCACAGUGUCAGGAAAUCCAACAGAAAAGGAGACAGAAGAGAUCACCAGCUUGUGGCAGGGCAGUCUCUUCAACGCAAACUACGACGUGCAGAGGUUUAUUGUUGGCUCCAAUCGGGCUAUCUUCAUGCUGCGGGAUGGUGGCUAUGCCUGGGAGAUCAAGGACUUCCUGAUAAAUCAGGAAAGGUGUGCAGAUGUUACUUUGGAAGGUCAGGUUUAUCCUGGCAAAGGAGCAGAUGGAAAUGAGAAAGUGAAAAACAAAACAAAACCUGACAAAGCAAAGAAGAAAAAAGACACAGAGAAGAAAUCCAACGGUGUCAAAGAGGACAACCGAGCAACCAACCAGAGAGAGGAGCUAUGACAGCCACGGUGCCCAGACUGAAUCCUGCUCUGCUGCUCCUUGAAGGGAAUCUGCUGAUGAGUCCUGGGUUUGGGGGAGGAAGGAAGCAGAGACUACUGAAGCUUAAAUUUAUGUUGAAAUUCACGAGUUUACUCAUUGCUGUUGACCAUUUGUUUAGUUACAGGAAAGGUAAUGCUUCAUGGCAGCAAUUGACUGCUUUAGUUUGUAAUUUUUUAUGCUUUUGUUGUUGUUUAAAACUAGCAUACAAAUCUGUGUGUCUAACAUCACAAACUUAAUUUAAGUGGAAAAGAAGAAUUAUGGUCUCAGAAUACACUGAUGUUUAUCUGCAGUAGCUGUGUCCAUCUUAAGUGUGUAAAUCAUGGGUUCACAGCUGCUGAGAGCCAAGUGCAGUGUGAAAAGUUUCUCUUGGAUGAUGGUUUGAUAGACAUAGUUGGCACAAAACUGCCCAAAGUAGCAAAGAAUAGUGUCCAAAGAUGCCUGAAAUUACAGGGUUUAGGUCAUGUUUGGUGAGACUGCCUGUUUCUUUAAAAUAAACUCAAUCUGUUGUGUCCCAGGAAAUCUGUGCUUAGGAGUGUGAUGGACACUAGGUAGGAACUCUGCUCAUGGACUGCAGAUCUGUACAGGAGGGACACUCUGUCAGAAGUGAAUGAAUUGGAGCACCUGCACGAGCAGUGUCAGGGUGAAAAGUGAAGAUGAAUCCAGGGCAUUCAGGCUGCUCCUGCUGCUAAAGGACUGUGCCUGUGGAAGCAGCUGUUCCUUGUGCCCUGGUACUCAGGCAGUGAGCUGAAAGAAAAAGCAUUUAACUCUGAAGUUAAUUUGGUUUACUGAUUUAAUGGUUUGUUUAAAUAUUUGAAAAAGCCCUCAUUAGAGCACAGAGUUAAACUUUGAGUUAGACAUAUCACUUACUGAUGCUGAUCUGGCUAGAUUUUGGUUUUUUCCUUGGUACAGAUUCCUGACUGACUUGUUUGAUUGUAAAUUACCAUUUAAUUUGAAUUCUAAGAAGUUGGACAUAAGAGAGCCAAUAUUUUGUAUAAUUGGGGAGGUUUUGUUAUUACUCAGAUUGUAUUCAGUCAAAUGCUUUGCUUAGAAUUGUUUCCCUUCUGCCUUACUACCAGUUAGGGACAAAAGGCACCGAGUAGUGUGGUCCACAUCAUUUUGCAGAGGAUGAGCACAGUAUCAACUGUCUUCAUUCAAUACUGGUAUGGUGUUCCUUUUUCUUUAAGGUGCUAAAAUCCAAGUGUUUUGGAUAAAAGGUCCUAAUUGAACCAUAAUGGUUGAUCUUGUGGAAUACUACGGUAUCAAAAGUACGAAGCUGUAACUGAGUCCUUGUUCUAAAAUAAAAGAUGGCACUAAA